GAUCGAAGUUGUCGAUAUCGAAGAACUUCUCUUCUCAUUGCUAUGUCACCACCCCAAGCUGAUUUACAGACGAAACCAGACCCAUACCUCAUAGAUCAGGUUUCAGAAUCCAGAAUGGCUUCAGAGAAAAGUACCAAAAAGACCAAAAUUAUUGCAGGGGCCAUUUUGGUGUCCUUGGUAAUUGUCGGUUGUAUUGUCUUUGGAUCAUUGGCCUACAGCUAUCGCCUUUUCUAUAAAACGGAAUAUAAAGCUGAAUCUAGAAUUGACGGAGAGAAGAUACCAGAACAUAUCUAUGUUGAUUAUAAGAAAGAACUGAUCUACGUUAACAACAAGAAAGCGGGACGAGUCGAUGGCAUGAGAGCAUUACAUAAUUACAACAGGAAAUUGGUGGCCCUCUAUGACGAAACUCAGAACAUUUGUUUGAUAGACCGUUUGGAUGAAGAUUUCGAUGGCGGACUGAAAUAUUGGUCUAAAUAUGGCGGAAGUGAUUCGAAUCAGCAGAAGAUGACUUUUGAAUACUCCAAAGACCCAAUCGAACCAAAGGUCCUGAAGAGGUUCGCUGGGGAAGAGGUCGCACUUCAUUGUGCUCAUAACAACGCCACUGCUCACUGGAUGUAUGCUUCUAAACCAUACGAUGGAACUUUGGAUACAAAAGAGACCGAAAGCCAUGAUAUUGAAAAGAGAGCACUUGUACAUGUACCUUAUGGAUGUAAUCAAGGCAAACCUAUCAAUCAGGAUUCAUAG